UUCACGAGAUAUGCACGUGACGUUGAUUUAUCCUUUCUUUUGUGAAACGACGUCGGAUCAUCUUGUUCGGUAUAACAUUUCUGCCUGUAGAGGAUUUCUUUCUUCUUCGGUGUUGAUCUCGCUCAUCUGCCAAAAGUCGAAUGGAUCCUCUCUCUUCCGCGCAGGCAACGGGAAGCGAAGUUGAAGAUGAAGAGAGAGCUUUAGAGAAUCAGUUAGAGCUUCAGUUGAAGGAUCAAAGAGACUCUCUCGCUGCCAUUAGUGAUGCCCUUGCUUUUGACCCUUCCAAUCCCGAGCUCCUCUUGGUUCAUGGAGAGCUUGUUCAGGCGAUCAAAGAUGCAGAGGAAGGGCUUCUUCAUCUUAAAAGAGCACGGCUGUUGCGAGAAGCUGAUUCUGCACUGCAUGUUUGCCAUCACUCUGACGAGAACGUUGAAGUUGAGCCCCUUGAUCCAGGUGAUGAUGUUGAACCAGAGCCCCUUGGGGAGCAAACCUAUUCUAUUGGAUCAAAAUGCAGGUUCCGUAAUGCUGAUGGACGAUGGUAUAAUGGUCAAAUUGUUGGAUUGGAAGGCUCUAAUUCUGCGAAGGUUUCUUUCCUCACACCUACAUCGGAAAAAAUGAUGAUUUGCAAGUUCUUUCUUCAACAAAGAUGUCGAUUUGGCGGUAGCUGCUGCCUGUCACAUGGAGUUGAUGUCCCACUAUCAUCCUUGAAGAAGUAUAUCCCAAUUAAAUGGGAGCAGUCAAUGGUAGGGACCAGCAUUUGGGCAAUUUCAGAUGGUAAAGCUGGCAUUUGGAGAGAAGCCGAACUUGAAUCAUGGGAUGAUGAAGUCAAAGUAGGGAAGGUUGUUUUUCGACAUGAUGGAAGCUCUGUGAAGCUUGGGGUUGGAGCUAUGACGAAAUCUGAGUAUGCUGAAAUAAGCGAUGAAGAUGAAAGUGAUUUCAGCGCCAAGCAAUCUGAAUCUGAUUCUAGUGACGAUGAGGAAGAGAGUUCACAGGGUUUAGGUUUUCUUGAGAGCACUGCCCUACAGAGGGGUAUCCAGACAGAAACUACCAUUUUCGCAAAAUGGGAGAAUCACACUCGAGGAAUAGCUUCCAAGAUGAUGGCUAAUAUGGGUUAUCGGGAAGGAAUGGGUUUAGGUGCAUCUGGACAGGGGAUGGUUGAUCCCAUCUCUGUAAAAGUCCUCCCACCAAAGCAAUCACUUGAUCAUGCUCUAAAAUCUCAGAAUGAUGUUGAAAAUAAAGAAGAGAAUCGAGGGAAGAAACGCAGUAGAGGUGGUAAGAGAAAGCGUGAAAAGAAGAAUGCAGCAGCAGUUAAGGCUGCAAAAGAAGAGGAAGAAUCAAGACCAGAUGUUUUCUCUCUCAUCAAUAACCAACUUGCCAUGCAUCAUGAAGCUGUGAAUGGUGGUGGGUCAGCAAAGAAGCAGCAAAACAAUGGUUCAGGAGAGGAAAAGAAGGUUGAUAGACGGGCUCUGGUUGCCUAUGAUGAUGAGGUAAAGGAAUUGAGAAUGCGAGUUGAGAAGCUUGAAGAUAUGCUAAGAAGAAACAGAAAAGAAAAAUUGGUUUAUGAGGCUGCGAUGAGGAAGUUAAAUGAAACCCGGAAAGCAUUGGCAGAGGCUGAAGCAGCUCAUGCAUCGGCAUCAAAUGCAGUUGUCAGCAGAGAAAAAGAGAAAAAAUGGCUAAAAUUUUGAGACACUAAGAUUUAUAAAUAUAAAUUUCACCAUAGUGCUGAAUACCUGUUGUUUUGACAUAAUGUAUAUUUCUAAGACCCGGUGGAACUAGAAAUAUAUUAUAUAGAAUUAGUUUAUGCA